CAUCGAUUUGCCCAUGGAGAUGAAGACCUAUCGUUCUUAUAUCAAAGAAGCCCAAAAGAUUCAGCGUGAAACCGAAGGCGGCGUCCGUCAGAAGCUCCUCAAAGCCCUAGACAAAAUCGAAGAGCGUAUGGCUAGUCCCAAGAAAGGCAUGACGGACCUGGAACAGG